AUGAAUGUGAAGCAGUUUGAAGAGUCUGGCUUUGGCGGUUUGAGCUCUUUGAUGAUAAGAGACGACAUUCGUCAGCUUGUCGUCGGAGCCAGAGGGAAAGUGCUCACUCUCAGCUUGGAUGACAUCACCAAGAAGACCAGUGAGGCCAAAUGGUCGGUCAGCUCAGCAGACAAAGCCCUUUGUCGAAUGAAAGGCAAGGACAUGAAGAUUUUCAAAAAUGGAAAACUCUCCCUGGAAGGAAAGAAGCAGGUGGGAAAGGGAAAAGUUCCUUUUGACCCUUACGAGCGCUUUGCUUCUCUUAUGAAUGGAAACACUUUGUACUCGGCCGUUUCCUCCAACUUUCUAGGCACAGAAGUGCUGUUUCAGCGCCACGGACUGAACCUUCUCAAGACUGAAAUGAAACGUUCCUGGUUCAACGAGCCUACGAUGAUUUCCAUAAGCCUCGUUGAAACCAGUAGAAACAGCGACAACGGUGAAGACGACAAUGUUUUCUUGUUCUUUACUGAGAGCGCUGUGGAGGAACGUCAUGACAACAUCCGAGUAUCAAGGAUCGCCCGUGUGUGCAAGAGUGACCUGGGGGGUGAAAGGACUCUGCAGAAAAGGUGGACUUCUUUCUUGAAGGCCCGCCUGGAUUGUCAGUUUGGCGAUGGAGGCUUACCUACUCUUGUCCAAGAUGUCUUCCUUCUCCGAGACCUAAAUAACGAGAGCAUCUUCUACGCCACGCUCACCUCCGGCUCGGAGUCCUCAGGUGGAUGCAGCAAGUCCGCCGUCUGUGCCUACAAGCUGUCAGACAUCACUCAGGUGUUUAGUGGGAGGUUUCUGACUGAGAGGGAGAGUGGUCGUUGGGACACAUACACAGGAGAGGAGCCAUUCCCCCACCCUGGUUCAUGCAUUAACGAUGAAAUGCGGGCCAAUGGUGUAACGACCUCUCUCGACCUCUCCGACAAAACCCUGCUGUUUGUAAAGAACCAUCCUCUGAUGGAGGGGGUGGUUGCACCGAUGACUGGCAAGCCUCUGCUGGUCCAGACAGGGACACGCUUUUCUAAAAUUAUCGUGGACCAAGUCACGUCACUGGAUGGACGACAGCAUCAGGUUAUGCUCAUCGGCACAGACUCUGGUUGGCUGCAGAAGGCGGUGAGGUUUGACGGCGAGGACGUCCGCGUCAUCGAGGAGCUGCAGCUGUUUCGCGCUCCGCAGCCCAUUGACUUCCUCCAGCUCGCCUCAAAAACAGGCCAGCUAUACAGCGGCACCAGUAACAUUGCUGUUCAGGUUGACGUAAGGGACUGCAGCCGCUACACAUCCUGCAACGACUGCCUCCUCUCCAGAGACCCCUACUGUGGCUGGGACAAGAUCAGAGGCCAGUGUGGAUCUGUAGUUGGCGCAUCAACUGGGUCCAUCACCAACCUCCCAAUCAGCUGGCGCUUCUCUGACAACAUCCUUCCUCCGGGUCCCCGACACACUGUGCUCAGACAAGGUCUCAUCAUCAGACCCUCCUAUUCUGAUGCGGGGUUUUAUACAUGUGAAACGGUGGAAACAGUGAAGGGAAAAGUGCACCGGGAGACUGUGGUCCGGUACCUCGUCCGGGUUCAAGACACUAACACUCUUGUCAGGAGUCUGAAGGCAGCUGCGAUCACCUUGGCGCUUUUGGUCGUCUCGCUGAUACUGAUUAUGUGCCGUCGUAUCAUAUGCCUGAAGGCAAAGAAGCAAAACAACAUUGAUUGUGGCAACGAAAACAGCAACAACAAUCAAGAGACUACUGUGAGGCCUCCCUUUCAUCAUGACCAGACCGAGGAUAGAUGCACGGAUGAAGGUCGGGUUCAGUGUGGUCAUGGGAGUGAUGAUGUCACAUAG